CCAAGCAGCCAUGUUUCACAUGAACAUCACUGCGGCUCCCCUCUCAGGUCGCAAGCUCAUCUCUUGCUAGCCAAAGCGACCUUCCAUCGACGGGAGGGGUCGAGUUUCUGACAGCAAACCCAGCCCUCAUUUGCUUCGUCCCUCCGUCUUGUGAGGGCGUAGGUCUUGCAGCCUUACAGCCCUGCCCGUUUGCGCGCUAGAGAUCAACCUCCUCGUUCAGUCAAAGCGUCGUGGCCAUAGCAACUCCUUAUUGCCUAGCGCAUUUUCGCGUGUGUCCCGUAGACCACCAUCGCUCUUCCCGCCGUCGCCACAUUCUUGACAGUUACUCGCCGUUUGCACCCCCCCCCCCGCCAUGCGCCCCGGCGGGGACCCGCCGCUGCAUACUCAGACUAUUAGGUCACGCCGUUAUGGUUAAGUUUUUCAUUCUAAGAAACGAGGCGACGCAGGCUAACCACGAGCGAGUCGAACAGCGUAGUCAUGCCAUUGCGGGCCAAGCUAAGACACGCGGGUUGGGGAAACGGGCCGAUGGAUUGCGGGUAGAUGACGCCACGCGAGGUGAACUGGAGGAAGUAAUCUGCGCAGAGGAGAGGAGAUUAGCAAAGGGAAGGUUUGAGGGUAGAAUCGAGACAGCCCAGCGGUUAAGAGGAGGAGUGCGACAGGAAGACGAUCGGGAUGGCGAGUUGUCGCACGCCAUAGUUGCGACGUCUCCCCGCGCCUGUGCGAUGCCGGAGCUGCUCCCCCAGCUGCGGCGGUCAGAUGUUGAGAUACCAGCGGGCACUGACGACCACUGGCUGCGCGACCGUGACUCCAGCGACGGUGGCGAUGCGGGGAUUGAACGAAUCGGGCCGAUCGCAGGAAUGGGAGGGUUCAGUGGGAUUGAGGCGGGUCGAGAAGCUGCCGGCUCACCGCGCGAUCGGCUGCAGGCAGCUAUCGAGGCGAGACCGUGCAGCCGGCGCGAUGUGAACGCCUCGGCUGGCCGGCCUAGACUCGCUCUUUCUAGCAAGAAUGACGCUGGUUUCACGGAAAGACAUAUCAAGCGGCAGUUUCGGUCGGCCCACUGCGCGCCGAGCAGCGUCGGCCUGCAGAGUGGCGGUAGACUAGUGCGGAAGAGGGCGCGUGGUGUCGGUGGUCGGGGUGACUGUGCGACGGCUUCGUCGCUGCUCUCGUCGUCGGCGAUCGUGCAGUUUCUCCUGCUGCUGCUUUUACCGCUGGCGGUGGGCCCACUGGGGUUAGCUACUGCGCGCGUUGCUGCUGCCGAUCCGCUGGCACCGGGAGUUGCGGGAGAUGGGUGCGGGGAGGGAUGCGCGGGGAUAGGCGGGGGGAGAGGGAGCGAGAGACGGGAGGGGGUAGAUGUGGUUGGUAGGAGAGUGGGUCGACGGUUAGGAGUUGAGAAGAAAGACAGCAGGAACAUGGCGACCAUAGCGCAGCAGUCGCAGCAGUCGCAGCAGUCGCAGCAGUCGCAGCAGUCGCAGAACCCGCAGAACUCGCAGCAGUCGCAAGAUUGGCAGAAUCUGCAAAACCAGCAGAAUAACCAGAACCAGCAAAAUCAGAAUCAGCAGAACCAGAAUCAGCAGAAUCAGACCCAGCAAAGCGGGCAGAACCAGCAGAAUGGACAGGACAGGCAGAAUGCGCAAAACUUGCAGAAUCAGCAGCAGCAGCAGCAUGAGAGUUGGGGGCAGCAGGGCAGUCUGUUGCAGGAGUGGCAGCAGCAGGGCACGGAGUGGACGGCGUUCGACACGGCGCGCAGCGGCAGCGUGGGAGUGCCGAAAGAAGCGGCGCAGCUGGUGCAGGUGAAGCAGCUGUUCGACCUGGACGGCCGCCUGCAGUCGUGGGACGCCCAACGAGACUGUGCCACGUGGCAGUACGUGGCGUGCAACGCCCAGGGCAACGUGAUCGGCAUCUCGCUGCGUGACUUCAAAGUCAACGUCACGGUGCUGCCAGACGGCCUCACGUCCCUGCAAUACCUCACCUACCUCAAUCUGGCGAGCAACUAUUUCUACGGCUCCUUCCCGUCCCUCCUCACCCUCCUCACCAACCUGCAGAUGCUCGACCUGAGUGCGCCUCCUCUCGGGUUCGGUGCGUGGGGCAUCACGGGGUCGCUGCCCGAUAGCAUCUCCGUGCUCUCGCGACUCACCACCCUGUCGCUGGCGUACAACCGCCUGUCAGGGUCGCUGCCCAACGCCAUCGCCUCCCUCGUCAACCUGCGCAGCCUCAACCUGUCCUUCAACUACUUCUCUGGCUCCCUGCCUGCUGCUCUCGGCGACCUUCCUGUGCUCUCAGACUUGGACCUGACGAGCAACGACUUCUCAGGGCCCAUCCCCAACUCCUUCUCCGGCCUUCAAACCCUCCAGUCCCUCUCUCUGAGCUCCAACGCCUUCUCUGGUCCGCUGCCCAACGUCCUCACCAUCGCCACCAACCUGCAAUCACUGUCGUUGAGUUUCAACGCGUUUGAGGGUUCGAUUCCGCGCGGCAUCACGCUGCUCUCCACCCUCCGAGUGCUGGAGCUGGCGCAUGUGAACAUAUCUGGGGACUUCCCCUCCAUGGACCGAUGGACUAACCUCGUUGCGCUGGAGCUUUCCUUUGCGAGUGGCCUUCGCCAAGUGCCACUAUCGCUGGGCUUCCUCACCAACCUAACCAGACUGUCCAUCGAGCGCAGUGGGCUCAUGGACACUCUCCCCACGCAGCUUUGCGGCCUCUGGCAGCUCAGACAACUGUCCCUGGCGCACAACAGCAUCUCGGGGGUUCUUCCCGACUGCAUGGGCAACCUGCAGGCGCUGGAAUCGCUCGACUUGAGCCACAACAGUCUCGCAUCCAGCCUGCCCACCACCAUCGGCAACCUCCGGCAAAUCACCGCUCUCAACCUUGCAUUCAACUCGUUCCAGGGGCCUCUUCCUACGAGUCUGCAAGCGCUCUCCUUCCUGCAACAACUGUCGUUGAGCCACAAUGCGUUGGUGGGGCCUCUGCUGCCCGGGCUGGCUGCAAUCACAGGACUCACGUCGCUUGACUUGAGUGACAACACGUUCAAUGGCUCCCUCCCACUCGAGUUCGCGUCGCUCUCAUCCCUCUCCAUUCUCUCGCUGGCUCGGUCGGGCAUAGCAGGAGUGCUGCCGCACCGGUUCAACUACUCCGCGCUGCUGCUCCUGGAUCUGAGUGGCAACCUCCUCAAGGGAGAGCUGCCACGGGGCUUUUUCCCUUCCCUUAGCCUCCUCAAUCUGGAGUCCAACCGUCUCGUGGAUGACGUUGAUUCCUUCUUUGCUCGAGCGCACACCCCGCAGCUGCAGUCGCUGCUGCUGGGCAACAACUCGCUGUCAGGGUCGCUCCCGGACUUCACCUCGAUGUCGCCCGCGCUGUACCUGGCGGCGCUCAACGGCAACUCCAUCGCACACACGCCCAAACAGCUGCUCGCCAACACCUCCCUGCACCUCAUCCUGGCGGACAACCCGGUGUGCAUAGACCCGUCGCCCGCCUCCCUGGCAGCGUGUGCACCGGCGUCCUUGGACCGCCUGUCGUGGGUGGGCAUUCCCGUGUCCGCGUGCGCCAACACCACAUGCCAGGGUGACAACCGCGCGCCCUCGCCGCCCGUCUUUACAGCGCGCGCCAUGUGUGUGUGCGCACCCGUUGCUGCCCUGGACCUGCUGCUGCUCACGCCUCCUGUGGCGGCGUUCGAUGGAGUUGUGGCGGGGCGCCUGCAGGCUGCGCUUGCAGAUGCUGUCUCCAUGCCUCGGGAACAGCUGCGGCUGCACGAGGCGGAGCCGGUGGCCCCGUCGCAGCAGCGGGUGCGUGUGCACGUGUACCCACCCGCACUCUCCGACCCCGAUGCCUCCCUCGCCCAGCUCAAGGCGUCGCAGCGCCUGCUGCGCGCCGCGCUGCCCAUGCGCCUGGACUUCUUCGGCCCCGUGCACGAGAUGGUGGAGGACCCUCGAGUGGUGAACGCAUCUGCUGCACUCAACGCCUCCACUUCUGCAAACUCCACUGCCUCAUCCUCAGGCACUUCAGUCCCAGGGUCUGUGAUGGUGUGGAUCAUUGUGUCGGUGGUGGUCGGCGCUCUGCUCCUCACCUCCUUGCUGCUCCUGCUCAUCCUGCGUCGCAAGUCGCUAGCAGCAUGCAAGGACUGUGACGCGGACACCAGGGCCCUUGCUGCAGCCUCCGCCUCCUCCUCCGCCCUGCACUCCGCCCACGCGUCCGGCCCACUCCCUGGCCCCACUGCCGCCGCCACCCACGCGGGAGGGGCCGCAGGAGAUGGAGGAGGGGAGGGGAGUGGUGGGCUGUCGCUGCGGGAGAGUGUGCGGCAGCAGCUGGUGCGCCCCAUGACGCUGGAGGAGCUAACAGCAGCCACGGUGGGGUUUGCGGAGGAGCGCGAGCUGGGUUCGGGCGCGUACGGCACGGUGUACCGGGGCGAGAGUGCGGAGGGGCAGCAGUGGGCGGUGAAGCGCAGCAAGAUGGUGUCCCGGGACACCAUGCAGGUGUUCCGCAAAGAGGUGAGUGUGAUAUCGCAGAUGAGUCACCGGCACCUGGUGAAGCUGCUGGGGUACUGCGACACCGACAGGGAGCACAUCCUCGUCUACGAGUUCGUCCCCAACGGCACGCUCGCGCAGCACCUCAGACCUAAACCGGGCGAGCGGUGGGCGGCGCUGUCGUUCAAUGAGCGCGUGGACAUCGCGCUGGGCACGGCGCAGGCGCUGCAGUACCUGCACUCGUUCAGCACGCCCGCCAUCAUCCACCGCGACGUCAAGUCCGACAACAUCCUGCUCACCGACAACAUGCAGGCGAAGGUGUCUGACUUCGGGCUGCUCAAGGACAUGGACGACGCGGAUGCGGCCACCAGCAAGGUGGCAGGCACGCCGGGAUACCUGGACCCCGAGUACUACCGCACCUUCAAAGUCACCACCAAGAGCGACGUCUUCAGCUUCGGUGUGGUGCUGCUGGAGCUGGUCACGGGUCUGCCACCCACCUUCCCCAACCCCAACAAGGAGACCGACGGCAUGAUCUCCCUCGCAGAAUGGGCACUGGCGCGGCUGGGAGCGGACCAGCUGGAGUCACGGCUGGACAAGGUGGCGGACGCGCGCAUGGAGGGGCAGUACGUGCGGUCGGCACUGCGGCAGAUGGCGGAGCUGGGCACGCAGUGCGUGCGCCUGCUGGGGAAGAACCGCCCCGACAUGCACGAGGUCGUGUGGCGCCUGCAAGAGGUGCAGCAGGACAUGGCCCUCGCGCGCGGCCACGCUGCGCCUCCGCGCAGCCGCAGUGACAUGGACGCGGAGGAAGCCAUGGCGUACGGUUCCUUCCCCACGUCGUGGAUCGGCGUGGGGUCGCGCUCGCACGUGGACGUGGGCGGGGCAGCAGCAGGGAAGAGCAGCGUGGUGGGGACGGGGGAGCACGAGAUGGUCAAAUGGGGCAGUGGCAGGGUCGCUGUGAACAACCCGAAGCUGUUUGUGAAGCUGGGGGGCGGUGGAGGGGGUGUGGAGGGGAAGGGAGUGUUGGGCAAAGGAGGUGGGAGUUGUAGGAGUGGGGUAACCGGGUCGGAUGUGGGGGGGGGGGUGGUGGGUGCGAGCAGCAGUGGGAGCGGGGUGAUGACAGACAUGCGGUCGUCAUCAUCUGCAUCCAUGUACAUGGCACUGCCCACUGAUGCCGCUGUCAUAGGCAGUACGGGUGCUGCAAGGGCUUGGGGUGCACAAUAAGGCAAGAGGAGCACGACCUUUCAGACACGGCGGCACAGGCAGAGCUUGUCAAGUUCAUUCCCUCGAUAUAAGGCAGCUAUCGCUCCAUCCAUGUCCAACCAAAAGCCCCCAUGAGUGUGGAGUGCUCACCCCCAUGCCACCUGGCAACCAAGGUUGGGGGAGUCCCAACAGCAGCAUGCUUCACAGUGUCCUCUUAUCUGCCCUCUUAUCGGCGCUCCGCAAUGUUUGGUACUUGAAUUGAGGGCCAUGCGUGAGGCCCGUGCGUGCUCCAUUAUUGCUUUUUGCUUUCUUUGUCAUUGUAGAAGAGCCGCUUUAUUAGUUGCUAACCGCGUUGCUGCAUUUAUUUAUUUCCUAACUUUUCUUUUAAUUAGUGAUGUAUUUGUUAAAUUAUAUAAGUUAUUAUAUAAUUGUAGGCUUG